AUGACGAACAAAAAAGCCCAAGACCCAAACCUGUAUUGCGAUUUCCAGAAGGAUACAAGUCAUCUGACUGAUGACUGUAUCAGCUUAAGGCAAGAAAUUGAAAAAGCGCUGAAAAGCGGGAAGCUGAGCCAUCUGGUAAAGAAUGUGCGCAAGGAGACGCGCCAGAUUCAGCGCAACGAUGAUGGAAACCAGAAGAAAGUUAGGCGUUUGGAAACACACAUGGUCAACAGACCAAUAUAUAGCGCAAGAAAUAAAGGCAAGCGACCAUUCGAACCGACAUGGCAAGAGCAACAGGUUAUCUUCCCGGUAGUACGCGGGGGUCCACGUGCCACGUGCCCCGUCGUCAUUACGGGUAUUAUCGGUCAUUACAAAACAGAAUACAUAUUCACUGAUCCGGGAAGUACAGCCGAUAUCAUCUACGAGCAAUGCUUUAAUCAUUUUGAUGAAGAAGAUAAAGCGAGACUCGAGCUGGUCGACUAUCGUCUGUCAGGAUUCUGCAACGAAGUGGUCUUCCCGUUAGGCCAAAUCAGCUUCCCCGUCAUGCUAUCUGACGGGAAGCAUUCAAGAACCACAACUGUCAAUUUCAUGGUGAUGCCUGUCAAAUCAAGGCAUGAUAUUUUGAUUGGGAGAGAAACCCAAGGAGAGCUAAACAUGGUAACCUCCACACCCCACUCAGCCAUCGGGUUCCCAACCGAGACGGGGGUGGCGAUUAUCUAUGCAAAGAAGGAAGUAAUGUCAGCAGAGGAUGUGCGUCCAACAAAAGCGGCAAAAAUUCAACGACCGAACCAGAAAAGUGGGUUUUAA